AUGCACCAUCAGCCCCCCCCUCACCACCACGGCCCCCCGCACCAGGGCGCUCCACAUGGUGCCUUCCCUCACCCGCACCAGGGGGAGCCCUACCUCAUCAUGUCCCGCGCUCAGCACAUGGUGGACGUCCUGACGGAGGAGAACCGGCAGCUGCGGCAGGAGAUGGAGGUGUGCCGCGACAAGGUGGCCAAACUACACAAGCUGGAGACAGAGAUCCAGUUGGCGUCGGAAGUUUACGAGAACUUGGCCAAAUCGUCGUCCAAACGAGAAAGUCUGGAGAAAACCAUGAGGAACAAACUGGAGCUGGAAGUGCGGCGGCUCCACGACUUCAACCGCGACUUACGAGAGCGGAUGGAGACGGCAAACAAGCAGCUGGCAGCCAAAGAGUGUGAAGGGUCUGAGGACAAUCGAAAGACCAUCUCCCAACUCCUCUGUCAGAAUAAAGAGACGCUCAGGGAGAAGGAGAAGCUGGAGAUGGACCUGAACUCACUCCGGUCUCAGACCGAGGACCAGCGACGACACAUCGAGAUCCGAGACCAGGCUCUGAACAACGCUCAGGCCAAAGUCGUCAAGUUGGAGGAGGAGCUGAAGAAGAAGCAGGUGUAUGUGGAGAAGGUGGAGCGGAUGCAGCAGGCUCUGUCUCAGCUGCAGGCGGCCUGCGAGAAACGAGAGCAGCUCGAGCAUCGACUGAGGACCAGACUAGAGCGAGAGCUGGAGGCUCUGCGCAUGCAACAGCGUCAGGGCGGGUCCCAGACCAGUGGUUCUGCUCCAGAGUUCAAUGCUAACGCUCUGAUGGAGCACCUGAGGGAGAAGGAGGAGCGGAUCCUGGCGCUGGAGGCCGACAUGACCAAGUGGGAGCAGAAGUAUCUGGAGGAGAGCGUCAUGAGGCAGUUCGCUCUGGACGCAGCGGCUUCUGUGGCCACACAGAGAGACACGUCGAUAUCCGUCAUCAGUCACUCUCCGAGCAGCAGCUACGACACGUCUGUGGAGGCGCGGAUCCAGAAGGAGGAGGAGGAGAUCCUGAUGGCCAACCGCCGCUGCCUGGACAUGGAGAGCAGAAUCAAGAACCUCCACGCUCAGAUCAUUGAGAAGGACGCCAUGAUCAAAGUACUGCACCAGCGCUCCAGGAAAGACCCGCUGAAGUCCGAGGGUCCGUCCAUGAGACCCUCCAAGUCCCUGAUGUCCAUCUCCAACACGGGGUCCGCGUCCGGACUCCUGUGCCACAGCCUGGGCCUCAGCAGCUCCCCCAUCACCGAGGAGCGCCGGGACAGCAGCUGGAAGGGCAGCCUGGGUAUGACCCCCGAGAUCCGACACCCGAGUCCCCAGACCCGAGUCCCCAGACCCGAGUCCCCAGACCCGAGUCCCCAGACCCGAGUCCCCAGACCCGAGUCCCCAGACCCGAGUCCCCACACCCGAGUCCCCACACCCGAGUCCCGACACCCGAGUCCCGACACCCGAGUCCCGACACCCGAGUCCCGACACCCGAGUCCCCAGACCCGAGUCCCGACACCCGAGUCCCCAGACCCGAGUCCCGAAUCCCGAGAUCCGACACCCGAGUCCCCAGACCCGAGUCCCCACACCCGAGUCCCCAGACCCGAGUCCCCAGACCCGAGUCCCCACACCCGAGUCCCCACACCCGAGUCCCGACACCCGAGUCCCGACACCCCGAGUCCCGACACCCGAGUCCCGACACCCGAGUCCCCAGACCCGAGUCCCGAAUCCCGAGUCCCGAAUCCCGAGUCCCGACACCCGAGUCCCCAGACCCGAGUCCCGACACCCGAGUCCCGACACCCGAGUCCCGACACCCGAGUCCCGACACCCGAGUCCCCAGACCCGAGUCCCGACACCCGAGUCCCGACACCCGAGUCCCCAGACCCGAGUCCCGAAACCAGAGUCCCGACACCCGAGUCCCGACACCCGAGUCCCGACACCCGAAUCCCGAGACCCGAGUCCCCAGACCCGAGUCCCGACACCCAAGUCCCGACACCCGAGUCCCGACACCCGAGUCCCGACACCCGAAUCCCGAGUCCCCAGACCCGAGUCCCCAGACCCAAGUCCCCAGACCCGAGUCCCCAGACCCGAGUCCCCAGACCCGAGUCCCGACACCCGAGUCCCGACACCCGAGUCCCGACACCCGAGUCCCGACACCCGAGUCCCGACACCCGAGUCCCCAGACCCGAGUCCCGACACCCGAGAGUCCUGCUGGGUCCAGAGUUCAGACCGGACUCUCUAAGAGCUGAGUCCAUCUCGUCGUCUCCGUCCCCGGUCCUGCCGUCCACCCCCAUGACCGCGGGACACUCCAAGACCGGGAGUCGGGACAGCUGCACCCAGACGGACAAGGGCCAGGCUCCUGAGGGCAGCAAGUCCAGCACCCCGGCUCUGCACAGCCCGGCUCUGCACAGCCCGGUCCUGCCCAGUCCGGUCCUGCACAGUCCGAUCCUGCCCAGUCCUCAGUCUUACCAGACCCUGCCAGCCCGCCUCUCCAGCCCCAGUCCGGUCUACAUCCCAGACCGGAUCGCAGAGGUGUUCCACAGCAGCACGUUGGAUCGCAGAGUCCCUCUCCAUGCCCCGCCCACUCACCACCAAGCCCCGCCCACUCAGCAGGAAGUGGACAGUGACAUGGUGGAGAUCCUGAUCUGA